AUGUCGAUCAGUCAGUUGGAGUUCCUCAACAGAAACCUUCCUGAGGAUGUGAAAUUGUCUCGAGACUUGACAGCAGAUAAUCAGGUAUGUGAGAUAAUAUCAGAGCAGGAAAGCAAUUCAGGAGAGAAAAUCACGUGGGAUUUCACUUGCGAAAGCGUGAUCAACGUCGAGGGAGUUUAUUUGGCUGUUUUUGAUGGUGAAAACAGGAAGUUUCACGAGGAGUCAGACAAACUCAUCCUCGUGGAAUCGACCAAGAGCAAUAUUCGCAAUCUGUGCCUGGGAAUCGGAUCGGGAAAGGCAAUUUGCCUUCAUGGGCCAGUUGGAUCGGGAAAAACAACUCUGGUUGAUGAAUUGGCCAGGAGAACUGGUAGAAUUCCGCCCAAACCAAGUGGCAGUGAAGCGAAGAAUGGUUUUCUGAGGAUUCAACUCGGUCACCAGACGGACAGUAAGGCGCUUCUGGGUCAGCAUCGCUGCACAGACGUUCCAGGGGAGUUUAUCUGGCAGCCUGGCGUCCUUACGCAGGCAAUCAUCAACGGAUAUUGGCUUUUGCUGGAGGAUUUGGAGCUUGCAACGUCAGAUGUUUGCACUGUGCUGACAAAUCUCCUGGAAAAUGGCUCUCUGAGUGUUCCUGGCUUUCGGGAAAACUUGAGAAUAGCGCCAGGCUUUCAACUCUUCAUCACGCUGAGAUCUCAAAAGAUGGGCAGCGGAGUGAAUGCUCUGUUCUCACUGCUGGAAAAGCAUCUCUUCACCGUGAACAUCUUGUCACUGUCCAGAGAAGAACUCUGCACGAUUGUAAGAGAGAAAUUCCCUAAGCUGACGACAAUUGCGAGCAGGAUUGUGGAUGUUUUCCUCACAUUCUCGAGUGGUUGUCACACGGAUGAAGAGGAGGAGAGGAAAGUGGUCAGUGGAGUGACGAAUUCAGGACGUCAGGUGUCGACGAGAGAUCUUCUGAAGCUGUGCAUGAGAUCUGUGUCGAAUUUCAAUGUGACAAGCACGGAAUGCGCUUAUCUUGUGUUCCAGAACUCCGUGGAUCUUCUCUGUUCGCACUUGCCUGAUGGUGGCGACAAGACUGAGUUGGUGAAGAGGAUUGGAGCGAAGUUGGGCAUCAUUGAGUCACGAUGUCAAUCACUGGCGGAAGAGUACAAGCCAGAAAUUGAGGUGGAUUCCGCAGCAAUUCGCGUUGGGAGGGUGGAAAUGAGUCGCUUGCGGUGUGAAGAUGGCGGGAAGAGAAAGAAGGUGUCCGAAGAUGAGGAGAGUUCGAAGAGAUUCAAGACAGACAGCCAACAAGUGAAGUCAAUCACGAAGAUUCUGGAGAGGAAGAUUCCAACGUUCUCCUUCACGAGGUUGGCUUCGUGUCUGCUGGAGAGGAUAUCUGUGGCGGUGGCUCAGAACGAGCCAAUCCUCCUGGUGGGUGAGACUGGUGUGGGAAAGACAAGCGCUGUCCAGUAUCUGGCACAUCAGACUGCCCACAAUCUCGUUGUGGUGAACAUGAACAACCAAUCGGACAUUUCCGAUCUCAUCGGAGGAUUCAAGCCCGUUGAUCUCCACUUUGUCAUCACGCCGAUCUUCACGGACUUCCAAUAUCUGGUCAGGACGACUUUUGACGCUGACAAGAACGAGAAGUUCCUCGCCAAUAUGAUCAAGACAUUCUCCGAGAGGCGUUACAAGACACUCUUCAAGACGAUGCUGAAAAUUGUGGAGCACACAAUGAAGAACUACGAGUCGAAGGCUGGCGUGAAGAUGCCACCGAAGAUGAGGGAGAAUUGGGAGACACUUGAGGAUAAGCUGGUGAAUUUGUCCAGUCAGAUUAAGAGCUCUGUAAACAUGUCUUUCGCCUUCAUUUCGGGCGCUCUGGUAAAUUGUCUGAAGAACGGCGAGUGGAUCCUUCUGGAUGAGAUCAAUCUCGCCUCCACGGAGACACUGGAGUGUCUGGCCACGAUCCUUGAGCCAGAUGGAUCGAUAGUGCUGCUGGAGAAGGGUGAUUAUGUGCCUGUGGAACGACAUCCGGAUUUCCGACUCUUCGCCUGCAUGAAUCCGAACACGGACAUCGGGAAGAAGGAUCUUCCUGUGGGCAUCCGGAAUAGAUUCACUGAGUUCUUUGUGGAUGAACUGAAGGAUGUGAACGAUCUGAGAUGCCUGGUUGGAGACUACUUGAAGAAUACAGGCAUUCAGACGGGGAAAGUGAUGAAUGUGGUGGAGUUUUACAGGAAACUGCGGAAGAUGGCGAGACUGGAGCUGAAUGAUGGACUGGGAAAUCGUCCGGUGUAUUCUCUGAGAACUCUUUGUCGCGCCCUGACCUGCUGUGCCAAGAAUCUCUGUGGAUCUGUGCAGAGAAAUCUGUACGAGAGCUUCUGCAUGAGCUUCCUCUCCCAAUUGGACACUGCUUCGCACAAAACCGUGCUGCAACUCAUCCAGAAGAGCCUCCUGGGAUCUCCAGAGAGCGUGAAGGCGGUGCUGUCUUAUCAGAUACCGAAGACUUCGGAGCAGUGUGAGUUCUUCGAGGGAUACUGGAUUGAGUAUGGUGAGAAGGAGCCGCAAGAGAUCAGUUCGUACAUCUUGACUGAGAGUGUGAGGCAGAAUUUGAAGGAUCUGGCGAGGAUUGUCUCUCUUGGGAGGCUUCCAGUGCUGCUUCAAGGCCCAACGAGUGCCGGAAAGACCAGUUUGAUUGAGUACUUGGCCAAGAGGACUGGCAAUCACUGUCUGAGGAUCAACAAUCACGAGCACACGGAUCUUCAGGAGUACAUUGGCACCUACACAGCUGAUGUCACAGGCCGAUUGGUCUUCCAGGAGGGUGUCCUUGUCCAGGCAAUGCGCCACGGCUACUGGAUCAUCUUGGACGAACUCAAUCUCGCCUCUAGUGACAUUCUAGAGGCACUGAAUCGCGUUCUGGACGACAAUAGAGAGCUGUUUAUCCCAGAAACUCAGACACUGAUCAAGUCUCAUUCCAAUUUUAUGCUCUUCGCCACGCAAAAUCCUCCGGGACUUUAUGGCGGGAGGAAGACACUGUCGCGAGCUUUUAAGAAUCGCUUCAUUGAGCUGCACUUUGGGGAGAUUCCCAGGGACGAAUUGGCGGUGAUUCUCGAGAAGCGCUGUCAGAUUCCGAAGUCUCAUGCUGAGAAGAUGGUCAAGACAAUGGCGGAACUGCACACGAACAGGAAGAAUGUGACCAGGAGCAAUUUCACGCUGAGAGAUCUCUUCCGCUGGGGCAAUCGCUACACGCUGGCGGACAAGAAACUGUUGCAGGAUGUGCGAUAUGACUGGAAUCAGCAUCUCGUGGACGAAGGGUAUUUGGUGUUGUCGGCGAGAGUGAGAAAUGAGGCGGAUUUGGAAGCCAUCCAGGCGAGUUUGAUGACCAAUUUCAGGAAGGUUGCGAGCCUGGAUAAUCUGUUUAAUCACCACGAGGGAACGUCUCCGGUGACUAAAGACGUGCUGGAGACUCUGAUGAAGUGUCCAGCAUCUGGGAAGAUUCACUGGUCCAGCGAUAUUCUGCGAAUGUAUGUUCAAGUGGCCAAGGCGCUGAGUUUCAACGAGCCUGUGCUUCUCGUUGGACCCACGGGAUGUGGAAAGACGACAGUAUGUCAGCUUGUAGCGGAAACUCUGGCCAAGAGUCUCAGGAUUCUCAAUUGUCACAUGCACAGCGAAGCGGCAGAUUUUCUGGGUGGUUUGCGACCAUUCAGAGGGCAGAAGAGCGAAGAUCCUGCCAAGGCAAAGCAGCUCUUCGAGUGGGCUGAUGGUCCUCUCGUGCUGGCCAUGCAAGAGGGUUCGCAUUUCCUGGCAGAUGAGAUUUCUCUGGCUGAUGAUUCGAUUCUGGAGAGGUUAAACUCAAUCCUGGAACCGGAGAGAACAGUUCUGCUGGCUGAAAAGGGCGGCAUUGAUCAGGGAUUGAUAGUGUCUGAGGCGAAUGAUGACUUCAUCAUCCAAGCUCACGAGAGUUUUCAAUUUCUGGCCACCAUGAAUCCGGGUGGCGACUUUGGGAAGAAGGAAUUAUCGCCAGCACUGAGGAAUCGAUUCACAGAAAUCUGGUGCACAAGUCCAAGUUCUCCUGAGCAUCUUGAGAAGAUCGCCCUUCAUCACUUGGCAGCUGGGAAUCUUCCGGAGGCUGAAGAUCUGGCCAAGAGUAUCGUGGAAGUGCUGUUUUACAUGAAAGCGACAGUGGACAGGAUGAACUUCUCAGUCCGAGACAUUGUCUCCUGGACAGAAUAUCUGCUAGUCAAUGUUAAUCGAUUGACUCUCCCGGAAAUCCUCUAUUACGGCCUGGAGACACUCUUCCUGGACUUCCUCGAGAUGCUGCCGCACCGUGAAGAGGGAGAAACUGAAGUUAUCCGGAAGAAGAUCAUCAACUUCCUGGUGAAGAAGCUGAAAUUGACUGAGACGGAUUUGGUCAGGAAUCGUGGACAUCAAGUUGAGAGGCGUGAGGAUCAAUUUGGGAUUCAUCCUUUUUACGUGCCAAUCUUGCAAUCUUCCCCACAAAGUCCGAUUGAUUUCAGCUUCUCGGCGCCAACAACCAUGCGAAAUCUCUUCCAAUUGCUCUCGGGAUUGACGCUGAACAAAGCAAUCCUCCUGGAAGGAGCGCCAGGAGUGGGAAAAACGUCACUAGUGGUGAAUUUGGCCGCGGCAACUGGACACAAGAUUGUGAGAAUCAAUCUCUGUGAGCACACAGACUUGGCGGAUCUCUUUGGGACGGAUUUGCCAGCUGAUGAUCACUCAUUGGAGUUGUUCGGCGUGAAAGAUCAGGGCGUGAAUGACGCACCGGCAAGAGGAGCGUUUGUGUGGCGAGAUGGACCUUUGCUGGCAGCUCUGAAGGCUCCAGACACGUGGAUUUUGCUGGAUGAGCUGAAUCUUGCGCCUCAGAGUGUACUGGAGGGAUUGAAUGCCAUUCUGGAUCAUCGUGGCGAAGUAUUCAUUCCAGAACUCAACAAGACGUUUAAGCUGGGCGCCAAGACGCGCAUCUUCGCCUCGCAGAAUCCUCUAAAGCAGGGCGGAGGGCGGAAAGGUCUUCCGCAGUCAUUUCUCAACAGAUUCACCAAGGUUUAUCUGCGAAAGCUGCGUCAGGAGGAUUUGCUGCAUGUCAUUCAGGCGCAGUACAGCAAUCUUGGUGAUCUGCCGCUGAAAAUGGUGCGCUUUUCUGAGAUCCUGGACAAGGGAGUGGAGAAUCUGGAGUUUGGUCUUCGCGGAGGGCCUUUUGAGAUCAACUUGAGAGAUAUCAUGAGAUGGUGUGACUUCAUCAGCAAUCCAGAGACGGGAUUUGGCCAGGAGGACAUCGAUGUGAUGAUAGUUUAUGAGAAGAUGAAGAUCGUUUAUGGCGAGAGGAUGAGAAGUGAAGCUGACAAAAUGUUCCUCCGGAAAGCCUUCUCUGAGGUGUUCAUGGUUAAUGCUGAUGAUCUUGAGGUGAUGUCGAAGAAUGUUAGUUUCUACUGGACAGAUGAUCACAUUUAUCUGAACGACAUCAAGAUUAAUCGAUCAGACGGAAGAGAAAACAUCGAGAAAUCUCCGCUGAUCCUCAAAUCUCAGUUGGGAACGCUGAAAACGAUGGUGGAGAGUGUGAAACUAGCUCGACCGGUGCUUCUCUGCGGUCCUGCGGACUGUGGCAAGACCAAGAGUGUUGAUUUGGUAUGUUCUCUGCUCAGUAAAACCCUGGAAGUGGACACAAUUGACGAUUCCGUGACCGGAAGUUUCCAGCAAAUCGACUUGAAUCGUCAUCUUGAGGAGAUCGCAAAGAAGAUUGAGUUGGAAAUACUGUCAACUGUGAAGAAUGUAAUCUUGUGUGACGAUGCGAAGGAUCUUCGUCCGAUUUUGCGUCUCAUUGGUCAGUGGGAAGAUUACAAUCAUCUGAUGAAGAACAUUUACGGAUCUUCGCUGGAAAUGACAGUUUUCGAUGAAGUGCAGCUCUUCAGAGAUCGUCUUGCGCAACUCAGCAAAACCUUUGCAACGCUGAAGGAGAUUCUGAGAGAUCGAUCGGAUCUUCAGGAUGCAAUUGAGAGUGUUUUGAGGAAUCUCAAGAGGAUCGCAGAAUCAUCCAGUAGUUUGAACACUGGUGGGCAUUUUGAGUGGGUGGACUCGAAGAUUGUGAAGUGUCUGAAGAGUGGAAGAUUCAUUUGUCUUGAGCAUGUAAAUACGUGCUCAUCAGCGAUUCUGGAUCGUCUGAAUUCUGUCUUUGAGCCAAAUGGAACACUUCUGCUGUCUGAGAAGGGAAUUUCGAGUGACAAUCGCAUCGAAGAGAUCGAGAAGCACAAGGAUUUCCGUGCUUUUCUCACACUGGAUCCCAGAAAUGGCGAAAUCUCACGAGCAAUGAGGAACAGAUGCCUGGAGAUCUUCAUGGAACGCGAUGGAUACACGAAAGAGGACUUGAGGCACAUUAUCUAUGAUGUUGGCGUGCAGAAUUUGUCCAUGAUCGACGCUAUGAUCAGGAUUCAUGAGAGACUGAAGGGUAUUUCGGAGUUUAGUCAGUUUGGAGUGAAUUUCCUGUUCAAAUUUGCCCUGCUCGUGGUGGAGAAUCAAACUCUCUGUCUGCCCAGCAAGAGUGUGCUCAAGUCUUGUGCUGUUGAAGUGUAUGUGAGAUCGACGAAUGUCGAUAUUCUGGGAUUCGGACUGAAGUUCUACAGGAAUCGACUUGAAGAAGAGAUUGUGGCGGAGCUGAAACUGAUCACGUUGGAAGAGAAUCGCUUUGCGCUGGAGAAUGUAAUUCUCAGAACUGACAAACUGACUCUAAUGACCAGAAUAAGGCAACAGUGUGAACCUGUUUUGUGUCUGACCAAGAAUCUAGACAGAGGCGUGCAGAUUCUUCAGCAAUUGUCUGGUGAAUUGGGGUCGAUUGAAGUGAAGAAUGAGAAGAAUUUCUGGCGAUAUCUUCUCUUCUGUGUGUACAACAUGAGUUCAUUCGAUGACAUUCAUAAGAGGAAAAUUUAUAUCCAAGAGAAUUUGCCGGAGAUCAAAGCUUUGAAGAUCAACGAGAAAGUUCCUCAGAUGAUAAUUGAUUUUCUGGACACGAGAAGAGAAAGCUUCAACACGAGCAUUCCUUGGAACGACAGAAUCUUCCCGAGGAUUCGAGACUACAGACAACACAAGUUAUCAUCUGAUCAAGAUCGCUUACUUCUCUUGAUCAUGUGGCAUAUUUUUGUGCAUGAAAUUGAAGUGAAAAGCUCCCUGAUCUUCAGCGAAAUCGAUGUAAUUUCAUACUCAAAGGCCAUCAAUGAUAAAACCAUUGUGGAUUCUGUUGAUAAGGAGCUUCUGCGGCAUUUACAUCCUUUCUUGGUGCAUUUGGAGCAAUUCUUUGAGUUGAUGAUCAGCAAGACGCAGGAAAUUGACUCCCAGAGCUUCGUUUCGUCCAUUGUUUUGGCGAUGCUUUGGAGAAACAGAUUUUUAACAGUUUGUCAGGAGAAAUUGUGCUCUAACAAUCGUCUUGAUGAUGUGAUUAUCAACAAGAUUGUCUUGCACAUCAAAUGGUUGAUGAAGAAUUUUGUCAAUCGCUUGAAGGAUGAGCAGAACUUCAGGGCUUUUGAUGACAUUUCUGCGUGUUUAUUGGCUGAAAAGCAACCUUUGAACAUGAUCAGGAAGUUCUUCGUGAAGAAAAUCACCAAGUUUUUGCCUCUCUUCGAUCAAGAGCAAAUCUGUUUGGCGGAGAUUGAAAGAAUCUGGGACGAUCAACUCUCAAUGACGCAGAAUCUGAAGAAGAUCACUCACGAUGAAGCUGUUAAGCGGUUGAAGAUCACAACAAGUCCAGAGUUUUUGGCUGUUCAAGAGGAAUUCUUCAGGAUUGUUGAAGAUGCGAGCGAAGAAAAAGAGGAGAAAAUUGCUAAAUUGAAGGAGAAACUCAUGGAAAUUAUCCACAGCGAUCGAAGUGAUCAACUGCGAAUGGAAAAUGUGGAAUUGCUCGGUAUUCUUGAGUACUUUGCUGCAAAAGUCAUCGCUCAGGAGAAAUAUGAGAUCAACAGAGAUUUCCUCAUCGGCAAAUAUUCAUCGCCAAGUGAACUGAAGAUCAUCCUGAGUAAUAAAGAGGUGAAUGAAGUGACAGAACUCUCUGCAGACAAGCUCGAUGUCUAUCAAACCAUGUCAACUCGUCAGAGAUCCCUUGAUAAGAUGAGGAAGAGGAAGAUUAUGGAUCUGAUCAACACUGAUUAUCAGAAUAUUGGAAAGACUGAGAGAUUUGAUGGCAAAGACAAGGAGAAACUUCGCAGAAAUGGACCAAUUUUGACUCAAUCUCUCUCAGCAGUUCUCUUGAAUCCGGAUGGAAGCUUGAGAGAAGCUGGAUUUAACAUUUUGCAGGGUUUCAAAGAGAAUCUGGAGAAGAUUUCCCAAAUUGUGUGGAGUAACAUGGAGAAUAUGUCGUGGAAUGACUUCAAUUUAGAGAUGAUUGACUAUCGUUUGGCCACUGAGAAGAGUGCGAGACUUCUGCAGGAGAUUGAUUACAUGAGAGAACAAUGCCAGAAGCUGGAACAUGACGAAUUCUAUAAACUGGUUGAUUAUCUCAAGCUGGAGCUAAACAACUGCCGUGACGCUGAGGAGAAGAUUUGUGAUCUUCCAACGCACGAUCAACGUCGAAAGAUGAAUUUCUCAGCGAGUAUUUUGUACUCAAUAAUUGGUGCGAUUGAGUUGAAUUUGCUUUGUCACUUGCCUCUUCUGGAUCCCGUUGAGAAGCAUCGUCUGAAGAGACUUUAUCUGGAUGAGGACAAGCAUCAUCUGCAAGAUCUCACCACUGCCUAUCGAUCGAUGGGCGUUGUGUGCAAGUAUUCGCUGUUGGGAGAUGGAAUUGUGCAGAUGUUGCUGCAAAAGUUGGACGAUCUGAAGAGCGAAGAGGAGAAACUGACACAGAGAUUGGCUUUGCGUCCUGAACAGUGUGUGUACAGUGAAUUGAGCAACACUAUCAAGCACUUUGUGCACGCCUGCUGCCAGCCGAAGGAUCUUCGUGAGCUGAUUCAGAGUGUUAAGGAGUGUCCGAGUGUGGAAGUGGCGAAGAAAGUGGAAUCGUGGAUGAAGAACUCGGAGAAUUUCCAAUUUCACGUGCUUCCGACAUUCUCCACGCACUACAGAGACUUCGUAGAGCCGAUGGAUUACGCUGUGACUGUGAUGAAGUACGGAUUAUCGGGUGUAGUUGAUCAUCUGAUGCUGAUGAAGAGUGAUAAGAGUGUUCUGGUGGACUUUCUGGAGAGUUUGAUAGUUUUUCCCGCUGUGAAGACAACAAUUGACUCUAAAAUCGUGAAAUCCUUCCUCAAAGAACAUCCUAAAGGUGAAGAGUUGUUGCUGGAGAUGGCGAAGAUUCAGAGCAUCGAAGUGACUAAUGAAAUUGUGAUCAAAAGGAGUGUUAAUGUGUAUGAGACUUAUGAGGAUAUUCUAAGUGACUUUGAGGCCAUUUGGCAAGAGCAGCAAGAGAGGCAAAAGCGGAAGAAACUCGAGGAGGAGAGCUUGUAUGUGACGAAGACCAAGUGUGCGACUGAGGAUGAGGAUGAGAUUCUUCUGCAGGAGGUUGAGAGGAAUUUCCCCACGUCUGUGGCGGAGGAUUUUGGGGAUUUGCUGCAGAAUGACACUCUGGAGAAGAUUCAUGCUAGAAAGACGCCACAAGUUGCCUCCAAAGACGCUCUCACGAGUGAUGAUAUCAAAGUCCUCGGAGAGAAUUUCCUCAAGAUCAUGUCUCUGGUCGGAAGUGCAGAAUUCCAGACGGAUCUCAAGCUGAACUACAUCGAGCGAUAUAAGAUGCAAGUGAAGAUGUUUCACAAUCUAAUGAAGCAGUGCGGCAGUUUCGUGGGCAGUCGAAUGGAUGAUGUCUCUUAUCUGGGCAUGGGAUUGCUGGCUGAGAUCUCUAGGAGAUCCUACAGUCCGGGAAUUGAGGAGAAAUCGAAGGAUUACAACUUCUAUCAUGAUGCGAACGUGGAGGAGAUUUUGCCAUGCCUUGACGUGCUGAAUGUAAUUGAGGAUCGUGCCAGGAAUGAGUUGAAACAGUGGCCAGAUCACGCUGCUCUCAAUGAUGUCAUAAUCCUGGUAGAGCGUCUCAAAGGAUUCCCCGUGACAUCGAGUGUCGUGCGCUUCAGCACGGGCUUUCAGCUGCUCAGCAAGAGGAUUGAUGAGUGGAACAGUGUGGCGCACAGGAAUAACAACAUGCUGGAUCUCAAGGUGCGCGUGACGGAAUUCAUCCAGAGAUGGACGAAGCUGGAGUUGCAGUUCUGGCGCGAGAGUCUCUCGCAUUCCUUCGAAAAUGUGCGAAGCUCUGGAUUCAAGUAUAUCUUCUUCAUUUACAAUCUCUUGCGGGAGUUUGUGCAUGAGGGCAAAAUCACGCCAAAUGCGGGAUUUGAGGAGAUUGAAGCUGUUGACAUAAUGAAGACACUGAAUCAGUUCAUGGAAUCAUCGAAUUACGGAGAAUUUUCACUGCGACUUGAUCUUCUGAAGGCUUUUCAGCACUUUUUGAAACACUCUUUUGACUAUGGAGAGAGACAAGACUCUCUAAUUGCAAUGAUAUUCAACAUUCAUCUGUAUUUUAGUCAAUUUCUGCCCAUUGUUGAGGAUGUCAUCAAGACGAAGCGUCGACCGAUUGAGAAGGAGUUGAAAGAGCGCGUGAAGAUCGCCUCGUACACUCCUGAUCUCUCAUACUUGAGCAUGAAGAAUAACAUUAAGGAGAUGCACAAGAAAGUGCACAAGUGCUCAAAGCAAUUUGAGAUGAUCCUCAGGGAGAAAAUCACGCCGAUUUUGACGAAUGAAGAGGCCAGGGAUCCUGCGAAAGCCAUCGAAAAGACCGAAGACAUCCACAAGAGGUACACAAUUGACGUGAAUAACUUCCUCGUGGCGGAGAAGCUGAGAGAGAAGUGCAAGGAUUCAUCGAAGAUCUUCCUAGUUUCGCGGGAUUUGGUGAAGAAGACAAUACUUCACUCGCAAUAUCCCAGCAAUAUUCUCUCUCUUGAGCAUCUCGUGGAAGAUUACGUGGAGACGGGUGAUUAUCUGAGGAAGCUUGAAGUGGAUCGAAGUGUUGAGAGAUCCAAGCAGAAAUCCCAGGCGAAGCAGAUCUUGAAUCAGAAGAGAAAAUCCCUGGCGGACUUCUUCAAGACACUCUCAAGCCUGGGAUUGAGUUAUCGAGCAGGAUUGAUGGAGUUUACGCUGAAUCCCGAAGUAAUUGAUCUCAAGAUUCCACCAUUUACCCUUGAAGAUCACACAUUGAGGCGCAGAUUCAACGAGAAUCUCCUCUCCUUCGGCCAGGAUGUGGACAAGAGAUUCGCCAAGUGCUCUUAUCGGCUCAAGAGACUCAUCACAGUGCUUCUGAGUCCGAGUUCUGAGCUUGGAUUGCAGAAUACAGACCGCAUUAAAGGCUUCUCAGUGGAUCUGUUCAUGCUGAUGCAGAAUCAAAGGCGACUUGUGAGUUCAUCCGUAAGGAAUUUGCAGACGAUCCAGAAAGGUAUUGAGAAUUUGGUGAAUUUGAGUGUGGUUGUGAAGGAUUUAAAGCCUGAAGAUCGUGAAAAAGCACUGAACUUUCUUUCUCUGGAUGAGAAACUACACAAAGUCACAGAGAGAGCUUGCAAGAUUGGAGAUAUUCUUGAGCAAUUCAAGAUUCUGCUAAAGAAUGCACCAAAAGACUUCGAGAAGAGUCUCAUGGCUAGGAAGAACUCCUCGUGGGAAUUGACUCAGAACUCACAAAUCAUUGGAGAUCUCAUGAAAGAGAGUGAAGCUGUGAUCUUAGAUUCACGCAGAUUGAUUGACAAAGUGAACAAGAGAAGACACGCAUUGUUCUGUUCACUGGAUUUCGUUCAGUCUUGCAUGAAAGAUCUCUCGGCAAUUGUGGAGAAGAUCUCUGGGAUGAGAGAUAAGCUUCCCAAUUUGCUCCUCCAGAAACCUUUGGCAGAUCUUCUGGCACAAAUGGAUGAUAUUCAGUGUGAAGAAGCUGAAAUACCUGCGGAAUCUUCAGCUGAGGAUGUUUCCAGGGAGAUUGAGAACAUAAUCUUCGCCGUGAGGAUCGCAUUGCAGAAGCUGUUCAAGAAAGGAACUUCAGAGAAGCCCGACAAUGAAGAUGAUGAGAUUGAGAAUCAACUGAAGGGCGAAGUCUGCUUGAAGCUGGAAGCCGAUUUUGCAGACAUGAAUCUGGAAGUUCUGGCGAAGAAAUUGGACAGUGUGAACGAUGCCAUAAAGUGUGCUGUGCUUCCGCUGGACGAGAAGAUGAUUGUCGUGGAGAAGAUCACAGAGAAAGUGCCAAUUCUUCAGCAAUUCGCCCUCCUCGUGGAGUUCCUGCUGACACAGCAGAUUAGCGUCCAUCGAGUGUCACUGAAGAUGCUUUCGCUGAUGCUGGGCGUGUUUGUGGAGCUUGUCUCCAAGGGAUUCUGCAUUCCGCAGGAUCUAAUGCAGGACAUCGAAGAGGAGGAGAAGCAGAAAGAAGAGGGCGGAAAGAAGGGUGAAGGAUUUGGCUUCGAUGACGGUGCUGGAGAGAAGGAUGUGUCUGAGAAGAUUGAGUCUGAAGAUCAGCUGGAAGGCGCAAAGAAGCCUGGCGAAGAGGAGAAGUCAGGGGAGGAGAAGAGUGACUGCAAAGAAGAGAAGGGCAUAGAAAUGAGUGAGGAUUUCGAUUCGAAUCUGCAGGACGUGGAGCAGAAUGGCGAGGAGAAUGAGAGUGAGGAUGAGGAUCAGGAGGAGGAGGCGGAUAAGCAGAUGGGAGAGACUGAAGAGGGCGCUGAGAAGUUGGAUGAUCAGAUUUGGGGCGAUGAAGAGGGCGAAGAGGACGAGCAAGACAGCGAGGAGAUGAAUGAUGACAAAGGGAAGGGAUCUGAUCAGACGCAAGACGCUCACGAUGAUCUGGGAGCGGAGAAUGAGGCUGAGGGCGAUCAAGAGGGAUUGGAUGCAGCCGAUCCAGAGGGAAAGCAGGAGAAGAAACAGCGCCAGAAAGACAUUGACAAGAUGCAAGAGCCCGAAGUGGACGAGGAUCAGGUGAAUCCCUAUCACAACGAGCUGGAGGAGCCUCCAGAGGCGGAGCCGAUGGAUUUGGGGGACGAUUGCAACAUGGACGAGGAGGAAGGAAAGGAAAAUCAGGGCGGAGAGGAGAAUCCCUUUGACAUUGACACAAUGAAGGAGCAAAUGGUCGAGGAAGAGAUUGAAGAGGACGUUCAGAAUGAGGAUCAGAAGGAGAAUCUUGAGAAUAGUGACCCGGAUUCAAGUGAUGAUGAUGGAGAGGCGAAUAGCGCUUUUCCAGAGGACAAAGCAGAAGAUCAAGAUGCCCAGAAACCAGAGGAGAAUGAAGCUCCUGCAGUUCCUGAUCAGAUUCAGGAAGAGAAUCCUGAAGAAAAUGAAGAGAAGGACAGUGAAGAUGCACAGAAUCAUAAAAGGCCGGAGAAUCAUGAGUCCAAGGAUGCUGCGUCCAAGGAGGACAAUGUCCAGGCGAUGCCAGACAGUGAGAAUAAGGGAUCAGCUGAUCAAGUGGCUGUUGAGGAGCAGAAGAAUAAUGAGACGGCCAAGGAAGACAUGGCAGAUCAGGACACAGGCGAGGACAAGGAGGGCGUUGGUCAGGCGCAAAAUGAGGAGUCAAAGUCUGGCCAUAAAGGAGUCGCUGAAGGAUCGGAAGCAAGGACAAAUGAGAAAGAAUCUACGGCUGAAAAGAAGGAGAAGCGAAAGCAGGGAAACACUAAUGAAGAGAGAACUUUGGGUGACUCUGCAGAUUCCAGGAAGCAACUGAAGACUAUAGAGAAGAUGAAGGAGAGUGGCAAGCAGGAGGAGGACAAGGAUGAGGAGGGUGAAGCCGAGGAGUAUCAGCACGUGAAGGAGGCCAGGAAGUCUGACAAAACAACACUGGACAAUGCCACGGAGGAGCAGGCGAAGAGUGUGAGGCAUGAAGAUGAAGCGGAAGGAGAGGAGGAGGAGGAGGCAAGUGUGGACAAUCAGUUGAAUGAGGACGAAGAGGAGACUGAGGAUCAGGAUGUGGAGAUGGUGGAUGCUGAGCAAAUGGAUGGGCAGUCGUCGAAACCUUCGAAGAAGAACGAGAAGAAGCAGGAGGAAAAGUGUGAGCAAGUCGAAAGGGGAGAAAUUGAGGGUGAAGAAGUGCUUACAAUGUCUGCCAACCGGCCGGAUGACACUGCAGCCCAUUGUCAGAUGGAGAUUGUGCAGGACACAGCCAUGCCGGAUGAGCCAGACGUCAAGGAAUCCCUGCAGAUGGUCAGGAUGUUUCAGCGGGAAGUUUCAUCGGUGAAAUCUGCCCGGCCGGGACAGGAAGACUUCGAGAAGUGGCAGGAAGUGUCUGUGAAGAUGAUGCAGAGUGCCAGGGAUCUUUGUGAACAACUGAGGCUGAUCCUGGAGCCGACAAAGUGCACCAGGAUGAAGGGAGACUACAGAACUGGCAGAAGGAUCAACAUGAAGAAGAUCAUCCCGUAUUUGGCGUCGCAGUUCAGGAAGGACAAGAUCUGGUUGAGAAGGACGAAACCCGCGCAGAGAGAUUACAAAAUCACUAUUGCAAUUGAUGAUUCCAAGUCGAUGCACCACAACAACUCGAAGGAACUGACUUUGGAGGCGAUUUCACUGGUUUCACAGGCGCUGACGCUCCUCGAGAGCGGUAGAUUGAGCAUUGUCUCCUUCGGAGAGAGUCCACAAAUCCUCCUGAAUCACACUGAUCAGUUUGACGGCCCGAAACUGGUGAAGUACCUCAAUUUCGACCAGAAUCAGAGCAGAAUCGCGGAGUUGCUGAAUUUUGUGAGGACAGCCGGUCAGGAGGAUGCUUCUGGUGGGUCUGGAAAUGGCAUCUUUGAGAAUCUCCUCCUGAUUCUCAGCGAUGGUAGGAAUAUCUUCAGCGAGGGCGAACAGAGAGUCAAGGAUGCCGUCAAACUGGCCAGACUCCAGCGCAUCUUCACCGUCUACAUCAUCAUCGACAAUCCGGACAACAAACACUCCAUCAUGGACAUCCGCGUGCCGAGCUUCUCGGCUGACAAGAAGAGCAUGACGAUGAAAUACUACCUGGACACCUUCCCAUUCCCGUACUAUGUGAUUGUGAGGGAUCUGGCCCAGCUGCCGCUUGUGCUGAGUGACGCCAUGAGGCAGUGGUUCGAAUUGGUCAGCAGCGAGUCCUGAAUGUCUUCCAGGAACUUCCGAAGUUACGGAAUUUAACGGAUAAUUAAUCAAGAAGAUGAAUUAUUUUUAUUAUUUGAAUUCUUACGAACAUAAUAUGUAUAAAUUAUGGAAUAAAUUGAAUUUAGUUGAA